AUGAAUCUCCCAGUGAUAAUAUGUUUGGUUGUUGCAUGCAGUACGGCUGCAACUGACGAUCUGAGGAUUUCGACAACUUCAGGUACGGUGAAUGGCAAAUUAGGAAUCACUCUCGGCCAGAAGGUGAAAAUGUUUCUUGGCGUUCCUUAUGCUCAAGCUCCUCUCGCUUCGUUGCGAUUUCGACCCCCCGUGGCUUUACGACAAACGACUGAACUGAAUGCUACUUAUUUCCGGCCAAGUUGCUUACAGCCACCGCAUCUUCCAUCUGUGGUAAGCCCUCUGUUGCAUCUUAACCGGGCCGAAUUCAAUGAAGAUUGUUUGUUUUUGAAUAUUUAUGUUCCUUCUGUGUCCCAAACAUUAAGCAAAUUCCCUGUGAUAGUAUUUCUAGCCGGUGAAGGUUUCAACUAUGCUGAUCCCAGUCAAUUCGACGGAAGUUAUUUAGCAGCUAACGGACUUGUUAUCUUCGUAACUGUCAAUUAUCGAGUAUCAGUCUUCGGAUUCUUGUCAGCUUUAACUGAUAGUGCUCCUGGAAAUGUUGGCUUAUAUGAUCAAAGGCUGGCAUUAAAUUGGAUUAAUGAGAACAUAGAAAACUUUGGAGGUGAUAAGGAUAGAAUUACGCUUUUUGGUCGUUUUACUGGAGCAAUGAGUGCCGCGAUACACGCAUUUUCUCCUCUAAGUCGGAAUGAAAAACUAUUUCAACAAAUUAUACUUCAGAGUGGUGUACCAGUUGGAGACUGGGUUUUCGAUCGAAAUCCUUUAAAUGCUACAUUAUCUUUAGCUGCUAAAAUGCAGUGCCUUUCUAUGAAUUUGAGUGAUACUAUCAACUGUCUUAGGGAAAUCCCAGCUCAAGAACUUCUCGAAGCUUCUAUGGAAGUUAAACAAUCAUGGCGACCAGUUUUCGAUUUCAAGUUAAUUAAUACUGAACCAAUUAAAGCAGCUGCUACAUCUUCAUACAAUCCUGUUGACAUUUUGUUGGGAAUGAACAAUAAUGAAGGAACACUCUGCACUAUUGGACUGCAAGCUGCUCAAUCUCCACUAUUCAAUAAAAUAGUUAAUAACACUAUUAACGAAACUGAUUUUCAAGACCUCCUUACCGACAGCAUGGAUUUUAUGUAUAAAAAAACUGAUCAGCUACUGAACAAGCUGGCUAUUAACAAGUAUAAAUACCUAAGCCAUCGAGCAAGCUUUUCAAUUCAUCCAGCCUUCAUCGAAGCCGGUCAUGGAGAUGAUGUCCUCUUCAGCUUUGGUUUGCCUUUACAGAUGAAAAAUUUGACUGAGCAUGAGAAAACAUUGACAUAUAAGAUGCUUUCCAGUAUCACCAACUUUGCUCGUUUUGGGCAUCCAGAUGGUUAUUACUUGGGGCCUGAUCCAUGGUUGCCAUAUACAAAAGAAGCGCGCUACAUUAUGGAUUUCCGAGCUGAUGAACGUGCUGUUAUAAAGAGCCCCAACCAAGACGCCAUGGACUUCUUUCAUGACAUCAUCCCUGCAGUAGCCGAUUCUGAAUGUUUCCCAUCCCCCCUGCCAAUUGUCCAAGCCUCAUCUCAACGUCUGAUUGUUGAUUCACAUGGGCAGGAGAAACCCAUUACUCCAGGUGUGAUGCUUGGGCUCCUAUGUGGCUUCCUGAUGCAGAUAACAGCGGCAAUCAAUCUCCUGUUCCAUCAAACGCUCAAUCACCGGCCCAACUCCCACCUGUGGCUUCUCCUGUGGCGUCUCCUGCCAACCCACAGGACCCAGGGCAAGCUCAAGGGCAGUCACCGAGAAGAUCGCCCCGAUCUCGCCAAGCACCCUCCAGAUUGA